AUGGGGAAGUCAUCUAAGGCAACAAAGAAGUUUCAAGCUAAGCAUCUUAAGAAAACUUUAGAUCACAGAAAAGAGGUCAAGAAACAUAAGCAGCUUUUGGCAAAACACAAGAAAGGAAAGGGAAUCAGUUACAACAAGAGUGGUUCAGAAGGCCAAGUCGCUACCAAGCAAUCUGAAUCUGAAAAAGAAAAAGAAAAUCCAUUUAACGUGGAAACUGAUAGUGAAGAUGAAAAGGAAGAUUAUGGGGUAAUUGACAAAAAGGGAAAGAAGUCAAUUGAUGCCGAAGAAAAAGAGGAAGAAGAAGAUGAUGACAUUUUUGAUGAAUUAGAUGAAAUGGCCAAUGAUAAUGUUGAUGAAGAUUAUGGUGAAAUGGACGAAGAAAUGGGUAAUGAUUUGCAAGAGGAGAAACCAAGCAAAGCUAAAAAAAACAAAAAGGAGGCUGAUGAAUUUGAUGGUGAAGAAAAUGAAGAUGGGAAAAUUGAGGUCACAAUGGAGCUCGUGAAGAAAUGGGAAUCCCAAUUAGAAGAAGGACCAUCAUUGAAAUUGAUCAGAAACAUUACCCAAGCCUUCAAAGCUGCUGUCAAUGUCAAUGAAAAUACCGAAGCCACCAUUUCUUCAGUUUACAAAUACUUUGUUACCAGAGAAAUUGUUUUUAACAAGUUAUUAUUUUUGACUUUGAAGAAGUUGCCAGUGGCCAUUCAGAAAUUAUUUCCUUUAAAGACUAAGUUCAACAAAGAGAACAAUAUUCAAGUUCGUGUUAUUAAAGCUGAGGGAAGCAACAAAAUAAAACAAUUAUCUGCUGUUCUUAAACAGCACGCUUUCACCUUAAUUACAUUAUUGAGCGAUAUUACCAGAAGUAACUUGAACUUGAAGUUCAUUUUAUUAACACUUUCUUCAAUUUACGAUAUAUUCCCAUACUUAUUAUCAUUCAGAACCUUGAUGAAAAAAUUGUUGGCUUCAAUGGUGAACUUGUGGUCCAGUUUGAUUUUGACCUCGAACAAAAAUAAAGAUGAGGAAGGAGAAGAGGAAUCAAAAGUGAACAUCGAUUCAUUUUUGGACAUCAAUGUGUUGGCUUUCUCUGUUAUUUUGAACUUAUCAAAAGAAUAUUCUAGCAACAUCUUAGAAACCAUCAUCAAUUUGAGUUAUGAAUCUUUUUUGAAAAGAUCAUUGACUCUUCCAUCAUCCAUUUCCUUAGAUAGCUCUGAAACUGAUUUGGUUACCCAUAAGAAAUUCAGAUUGAUCGAAUUUUUGAAAACUGGUUUGUCUAGUUUGUUCAACAUUGAUGUUAACUUGAGUUAUCAGGUUGCCUUCAAAUAUAUCAGAAAAUUGUCCAUUCACUUGAGAAAUUUCUUGAAAAACAAUUCGAACAUUAAGAGUGAAAAUGAUAACACUAAAAACUUGAAAUUGAUCUAUAAUUGGCAGUUUGUUCAAUCUGUUGAUUUUUGGAUUACUUUCUUGGCUGACGCAUGUGCUGCUGCCACUGCCAACAAUAAGAAAAUAUCUUUGCAAGAAUUAGUUUAUCCAGCCGUCCAGAUUGCAAUUGGUACCAUGAAACUUAACUCUAACCCAAUCUACUUCCCAUUAAAAUUUUAUUUGCUCAAAUCCUUAACAUCAUUAUCGGAAUCAACUUCGACUUAUGUUCCUUUGCUCAAUAUCUACAUUGAAAUGUUGAACUCAAGUAUUUUCAAUAAAAACUUCACCACUAAAAAGGACAAGAAGUCGGCUGCCACAAUCAUUCAAAGUGGUGCUUAUAUGAACACUCAAGGGAUAAAGGUUUCUAAGAGUUCUGUCCACACUUCAGAAUAUCAAUUGUACUUGAUUAACAACUUCUUGAAUAGCUUACAAAGUUACUUGAUGGUCUACGUCAACAGCUUGGCUUUCCCAGAGUUCUCUUUUAUAAUUGCCAAGAGAUUGAAACAAUUUACCAAGAAGCAAUCAUCAAGCUCCACCCACAAAAAGAAUAAGUUCAUGAUCUAUUUUGUUAAAGAAACAAAUAACUUGGUUAGCAAAAUCAAUGAGAACGGUAAAUUUAUUAGCGUGAACAGAAGCCAACUCAAAUCAUUUGAUCCAAUUCAACAAACCAAGCUUACUAGCGUUGAAGUGACCGAAUUGCCUCUCUACAAGUUCUUGAUGGCCAAGCAAGAAAUUUUGGAUUCCAGCAGAAAGUUGCACAGUGAUUUGUUGGUUAACGAACAGUUGAAUGAGAAUAGCGGCUCAAACGAUAGAAAGAAGAUUCAAGAAAACGCUAGUGAAGAGUAUUUCAAAAGCACUAAAAAGCACAAGGGCUCUAAGGCGAGGAAACAUGAAGAAGAGGAUGUUGAAAUGAGUAGUGACGACGAUCAAAGCAGCUCUACUGGAAGCAUCUGA